AAUUUUACUUGAAUUGAAAUUGGUCAAAUUGGUCAUCUGUGCAUUACAUAGUUUAAGCACAAUUUCGGCCUCAGCAAAAAACCGGAAUGCCCGGUUACCACCCGAAGUAAAUCGAGUAUUAUUUGUAAGGAAUCUUCCAUUCAAUAUUACUUCUGAAGAAAUGUACGAUAUUUUCGGAAAGUACGGUGCGAUACGUCAAAUACGAUUAGGCUGUGAAAAGGAUACACGUGGAACAGCAUUUGUAGUUUAUGAAGAUAUAUUUGAUGCGAAAGCUGCUUGUGAUCAUCUUAAUGGAUUCAAUGUUAUGGGCAGAUAUCUUAUUGUACUUUAUUAUCAACCUAAUAAAGUUACUAAAAAGAUGAAUCUCCAGAAAAAAGAAGAGGAACUUAGAGAAUUAAAGAGCCGUUAUGGCAUACCGGAUCAAGAUUAAUUAUAUUUAUUUAUACUCUUCGAUGUUUGAUAUUACAAAAAUAUUAAAUAAACACUUCAUAAUGAUAAAAUUCGGUACAUAUAUAGAUUAGUGUUGAAUAUCAUCCCAUUCUCUCCCUCUAACUUUUGUUAAUUCUUCUUUGGAAAGGACUUUUCCACCGCUAAAGUAUCCAUCUGCAAUUUUAGCAUCAAUUUCAACUCUAUAAUAAACGA